GCCUAUUGGAGUUCAUUGCCGAUUAGGUUUGGGACGGACAGGUGUCAUGGUUGCUGUAUACCUCAUUUAUUUCCAUGGAAUGGCAGCCGAUCAAGCUUUGAAAAACUUGCGAUACCUUCGACCAGGAUCUGUGGAUUCUCCCGUCCAAGAGGAGUGUGUUUUGAAUUACAGACCAGCUGCCAGAAUAGAAAAUGAAAAGAGAUUAAAGAAAAUAACAAAGAAGUCCAAUCAUUUCUUGAGUUUCUUAAGAAAUGAUGAGAAAUCAGGUGUUUGGGGUCUGCCUCGUGUGGAGUAUGUUGUUCCUAAAUGAUCACGACUUUUGAAAUGAAUAUGUAGGUUGUUUGACACAUAUCUUGAUUAAAACUUGACAGCAAGACAAAAA